AUGGACGGGCUUUUGGCGAUACUUGUGAUGUCAGUUGUGGGCGCUUCGGGCACCCUAAAUAGCCAGUUGGGCGCGACGGGGACAGCGGGUGCGGCCAGCGUGGGGGGUGCUGGUGUGGGUCCGAGUGGUACCUUAACGCGUAUUCCCUUCUUUGGAGCUGGGGUGCGUCAAUUAUUGCGCUACAUACGCCCACAGGCGCCAUACGGACGCACAUCCGACUAUCGCAGUCAGUUAAAUGAGAAUUAUGUGCACUAUUAUGGCGCACAGCUGUGGAAGUUGAACUUCAAUGCGACCCGCAAACGAACAGAGUUGCCGUUGGGCACUGAUUUCAGCAAAUUCGCUGAGCAAUACGCCACAUCGAAGAAUCUUGCCAGCAAAACGCAGUCUCAGCUGCUGUUGUGGCGCAGCAUUACGGGUUUGCCUUCGUUACCUGCCCUUUGGUCGGUGAAUACCAGCGAUCUGUAUGAGACAACGCUGGAGAGUCUGCAGUGGCUUUCGCCCACAGAUUUGCGACGUUUCGACUUUCUAUCUCCCGGUUCCACCUAUCAGAUCAAUCGGCGCUAUCGCAGCGAUGCCUCGGUGCGUCGCUAUUACGGCCACCAGCUGUGGAAGGUGCACGAAACGAAACUGAAUCAGCCCGCGGUGAAGGCCUUUUGGCGUCACUUUGGUAGCGAGGUGUGGAACAUUAAUCAGGAUGGCAUUGACAUAUUGAUUAAUCAGAAGAACAAGGCAGCGGCACGCCAAUUUAUGGAGAAGGUCGGCUUCAGCUACAACGUCAUGAUCGAGGACAUCGAACUGGCCAUCGAUGAGACCUAUAUGGAGGUAAAUAACAGCAAUCCGGCAAUGCCGUGGCUGGAGCGCAAGGGCGCGCUCUUGGAUUGGCAACGCUAUCACGAUUACGGCGACAUCCAACAGUUUCUGCAGCAUAUGCUGGAGACCUAUCCCGAUCUUACAGAGAUCAUACAGAUCGGUCUGACAAACAACAAGCGACCGCUCGAAGUGUUGCGAAUCUCCAAUGGCGAUCCGGAAAACUUUGCCGUAUUUGUUGAUGCGGGUUUGCAGGCACGCGACUGGCUUAGUCCCGCUGCCCUCACCUAUACCAUCUCGAAGCUAAUGUCGUUGUGGGAUAACAAGGAAACACACAUGCAGCACAUUGAUUGGUACUUCCUGUCUGUGUCCAAUCCCGACGGCUAUCAGUACACGCGCAUCACCGACCGACUCUGGUCCAAAAAUCGGCGCUACGACAGCGACACCGGCUGUUAUGGCGUCAAUUUGGAUCGCAACUUCGAGUAUAGUUGGGGCGAGGCAGGCUCGUCUACGAAUCCGUGCAAGAACCUCUAUAGUGGCAUCAAAACAUUCUCCGAGCCGGAGACGCGUGCUAUGCGCAAUUUCCUGCUCAGCAUCCGCAAAGUUUUGGGCGCCUAUGUCUCUCUGGGCGGAUAUGGACAGGCAAUCACCUAUCCCUGGGGUGAUGACGAAUUUGUGACGGACAAUCAGCGCGAGCUCCACAAAGUCGCCUAUAGGGCGGCCCUCAACCUGCGACGUCUGAACCAGGCCGAGUACAGUGUGGGAAGCAGUUAUCGGCUGAAGUUGGCGCGGGCGGGUAACUCGGCCGAUUGGGUGCAAGAUGCCAUUGCACCCCGUUUUGUCUACAAUGUGUUUCUGAAGGAUCAGGGUCGCUACGGCUACCUAAUGCCACCCCAUUAUAUUGUCGAAUCGGGUGAGGAGGCCUUCGAUUUUCUGCAGACCAUCGCGCAGCAAUUUGAUUGA